AGUCAAAAGAAGAUAUCCACAGUGACACAAAAGACCAGCUGCAUUUACAAGAAAGAUGUCCACAGAAGAAGCACCACUGUUUGAAAAACCACCCUCAGAUAAGGAGUCAGAGAGCGAGCUGAGGAUCGUCCUGCUUGGGGUGGUUGAAGAAGGGAAGUCCUCUUCAGGGAACAUGAUCCUGAGCCCAUCAGGAGAGGAAAAACCCUUCUCCACUAAGUGCCCUCCAUCUGCCGUCUCAAAGACUAUUGGUAGACAACGCGUGGUUGUUGUUGAUACUCCAGGUCUGUCAGGCAUUGAAAUAAGUGAGGAAAAGGUGGUGGAGGACCUCAAGAAAUCCAUCUCACUCACCAAGUAUGGUCCUCAUGUGUUCCUCUUUGUGAUGAGGCUGAAUAAAUUCACGAAGGAUCAUCAGGAUGCAGUGGAAAUCAUUGAGCGCACUUUUGGCAAAAACAUAAUGGCCUACACUAUGGUCUUGUUCACAGAUGAAAAUAAACUAAAGAACCAAAAAAUGUCUAUAGAACAAUUUAUUGAUACAAAUUCAAGGCUCAGAGACUUCAUCAUACGAUGCAAUUGGAGAUACCAUGUUUUUAACCUUACAGAUAAGAAUCCUGAUCAAGUCACUGACCUACUGAAGAAGAUCACCCACAUGAUUGAGAUGAGAAGAGGAACCUACUACACCACCGAAAUGCUCCAAGAGGCAGAAACAGCCUUAAAACAACAGCAGAAACAACAGCAACAGCAGGUACAACAGCAGGUACAACAGCAGCCACAACAGCAGGCACAAAAUCAAACUGGACAAAAUAAUACCACACGUACCGCCAUUGGAACUUUUGCUUUGUUUGGAACAGGUGCUGGAAGUUUGAUGGGGUUUUUUUUUGGAGGUGGUGAGAUGACGCCUCCGGUGGGAGCUGCACUGGGAGCUGUCGCAGGUGGGCUGCUAGUAGCUGGAACCACUGGUCUCACACUACUUGCCAAAAAUGCAUUCCAUAAAUGUUGUGGAAAAAACAGUGAUUGUUUUUGAUUGUUUAAAGUGAUCAGACCAGUGUUUGUAGAUUGUGUUAUUUCAGUGCGUUUUGUUCACACAGCAGCUCCUGAUUGGCUGAAAAAUGGCACUGAAACAGAUACACAGUUACAUACAUACCGCAUUUAUCUGAAUCUAAGAUUAUAAGAUUAUUACUGCUUUUUAUUGUUGUUGCUUGUUUGUUCAAUAACAACAUAUUUGUUGGUAACAACACUGACAGCAGCUAAAGCAUUAUUAACAUUUUAUGAUUGUGUUUAUCUACUUACAACAUUUGAUUUGAAAGACUGUAGUCCUUGACUGUGAUUAACCUUUAUUAACAUCUCAUAAAUGACACCAUAAACAACAGUUAAUUGUAAGAUAACACUGCAGUAACAGCUUUUAAUAAGUCUGUGUUUAUGAUACGCUGGGAAUGCUGUUGGACCUUGUAAUAUUCUGACUGUACGACUGUUUUAUACAUUGUGUUUAUUAUGUUUGGGGAUUUAAGGGUUUCAGGGUUUUCAGGAGGUGUUCUGUGUUCAUUAUAACCACUGUCAUUGUAGAGUUUACAUCUGACAGGGAUACAUACAUGGACACAGUGUUGGAGCCGUGUCACAGGUUAUUACCAGACUGUGUUUGUUUGUGUAGAAAUGUAUGACUAUAUUACUUCAGUACAGUUUGAGUCCAGAGGGUUUUCAGAGGUUAGGAGGUGAGAACAGUCGCAGACGAAGUGAAGCUGUGGGUGGUGAAACCAAUGAGCUGAACGAUGCUAAAAUGCAGCACAGAGGUGGAGGCGAGUCAGGUGAUGAUUCAUUUCACAUACAGAUAUAAUCAUUGUAAACUGAUAAUAGUGAGAGAUGAUUCUCUGUUUCAUCUCAUUGUAAAUGACUUCUCUUUGGAUCCAACCCUGUCUCUUCUACAGUAACUAAUACUUCUGUAGGAAACAUAAUUGUUACCAGAUUACAUUUUCUAUUUCCAUCCUGAGGACAUGUUGAUACUGAAUGAAUCAGUAAAAUGUUCACUGAUCAGACUGUACAAUAUUUUUGACUACUAUAUAUUUUAAUGAAAAUAACUGAGUGUUGUUUUGGGUUUACUUCUGUUGUUAUAUACAUGUUAGAUCCUAAUGGUCACAUGGUUCAGUUGGUGUCGUUGAAAGGUUUGGUGUCUGUGUUAACAGAUGUUUGAUGUGUUGAUUCUGUCUGAUUUCAUCUUUGACCAACAAUAAAAACCUGUAUCCUCCA